GUACUUCCUCUCCACCCCCAGCUGAGCUCACAGAAGCUCUGAACUUUGGAUGCAAUGAUUUCUGAACUGUGUGCACACUGAAUUCCUGUAUGAUUACAGACUGACUACGAAGUUUGGCACACAUUCCUUGUCGACAGGACAACGUCAACAUCCUUCUUAAGGCUUGUGCCUGGAUGAAAAGAAGUCCUGCUUUUUCAUCCUGGGGACCUGCAGAACAUAUACACAAGUGCAACUGUCAAGUUCUGAUAAUAAUUUGUGCAGACAGGCAGAAGGUUUUAUAAUGGAGCUUACCUAAACCCGAAGGCUUCUGAGGAAUUAGUAGGCAAAACAUUUUAUAAGGCACUUGAAGAUUGCGCUUCUCCACAGGGCAGUGUAAGAGACAGCGGUAUUGGAGACAGCUGGUACUUAAAAAGACCACUACAGGCUGCAAACAGGAUAGAGGAUUUCUUGGACCUCUUGAAUUUACUUAACUCCUAGACUCACAGAAUAUCCCCAAGACUAAAAACAGCACUCAGGGCUGUCUCAGUUACCCUGAAACAGAGCUGGUAUUCAUGAUGUCAGAAAACAAGGACUAUCGUCGCUCGCUGGUGGUCGCUCCAAAGACCAACACUCAGUUCAACCAGUUCCUGCCAAGCAAAGACAAGCAGUCAGGCUACGUUCCAGCACCACUACGCAAGAAGCGUACUGACAGUCAGAAUUAUGAAAACAGACGCAGCUGGGCUAGUCCCAUGUAUACAGAGGAGGAUGGAUCUUUCUCUAGGAUAGGCACAGGCCCGUCCUCCAGCAAUGAACUAGGCACUCAAAGUUCUACACAAGCUGCCUGGUCAUUUGGGUAUGAGAGCAGUGAUUCAGAGGCAGACCGGCCGGACCCUGACCUGCUCCUUGAUGAUUUGGCCAGCCGCCGGUUUCACGCCCCAUCUGUCAUCACACCCACCAACUUUGCAUUACCCAUGACCACAGGGGUAUCCACCACUAUUCCCCAAGCAACUAGGCCAAACGUCAUGGUUACUAAUAUGCCCCGAUCAGCGUUGACCUAUCUCAGCAGUGAAUCUAGGCCUCCUCAGAAGGCUGCUAGGAGGUCUGUGUCUGCUGAUGUCUACAUGUAUGAUGACUCAGAGGAAGAAGAUGAUGAGAUUGGUAAUGCUGAUCCUGUUCAUGAUGACCUUUAUGCUCGUAAAGUGGGCCUGUCAGUAGCCCAGCCCAUUUCCACUGUGCACUAUGAUAAAUUUCUCCCAAAGUUCUGGACACCAGAGGAAGAUGUGCACGUGCAGAAAAUUAGACUGGGCUCCCAGCGUCGGCCCUGGUACAGAAAGAUCCAGGGCUUCAGCCAGAAGAAGUCUGGCUCAUCCUCAGAGGACUCCGACUGUGAUGUCAGUCCCCAGCUCUGUGUGUCCUCUCCCUCUCAUUCUGAACCCCCUUCCUCACACACACAAACUUCAGCACAACUCAGUCCCAUCACUCCCAGUCCUAUCACACAGCCAAUUAGGCUCACUCAACAGACCUCUGGAGCCCAAAGAUUUCAGCUCCCUGAUUUCUGGCCCAGGUUGGACCCCUCCUCUGGUCCAAAACUCAUUAAGAGCAAAAGGUACCCACUAUUAGGGCGGGAGCACCCUAACGACCCCUACAAUGUGUCUGAGGACAUUCUCCCUGACUUGGAAAACGAUGACAUGUUUAGCCGGCGCACAUGUGCCUUCUACUCUAACACUGAGCUAGCCAGGAUGAAAUAUGGCAGUCUUCUUACCUCAUAUCACAGGUCUGAGCCGACUAUCAGAGUGGUCACUCAGCACAGCGAUGCCAAAUCUACUUACCCUGACAUUGAGAAAGAUGAUGUGGUCACCCGCAAGUUACAGCAUCAGUCUAUACUACGCCCCCUUUCAGGAGCACCUAAUAACUACCACCCUGUGCCUAUUCCUGAGCCCUGGGCCCUGCCACAGAAACUUCAAGCCAAAAUAUCUGCCCCAUGCUCCCCAAUACAGCUGGCUGGCCAGGUGCAUGAAAAACAGAAGGGGGACGCAAACCGAAAAAUAGAUGAUAUGCUAGUUAGGAAACUUGGAAUUGUGCAUGUACAGAAUCCCACUGAGGUAUCUGAGAGGUCAGCUGGAACUCAAACAUGCCCGAGGGUGCCUUCAUCCUGCAGUGAGGAUGAUCUACAAAAAUGGCAGGCCAUCAGAGAGGCCAGUCGUCUAAGAUAUAAGAAGAGGCUGAUGGUGGAGAGACUGUUGCAAAAGAACUCAGAUAGUGAUGGGUCUAAAUCACUGAGUGACAUCCCUACUCAGCAGGUCCAAAAAGUUAACUAUGAGGAGCUGCAGAAGGUCCACAAUCAGAUCAAGCAGAAUGAAGACCAGUGGCAGGAUGAUCUCACUAAAUGGAAAAACAGACGCAAGAGCGUUAACUCGGAUAUCAUGAAGAAGAAAGAAGAGAGAGAGCAGAUUGAGGUACUUACUUCAGGAAGCAGCAGCAGCAGCACCAGGAAAUCAAAGACCUUCAAGCAAAUGGAAGAGGAGAGGGAAAGCCGAGAGCCAGGCUUCAGGACUCGCUUUUCUAUCAGCUCCACUUCUGAAGACCAGGAUGUCUUUGAUGAACCAACACCUAAGACCAGGGUUUUACCAAACCGCAGCUAUACCAUUGAUAAUUCCUACUCCUUGAACCGAUCUAAAGUCCGGUCUCUGCCCAGUUUGGUAGAUGAUGAACCUGAAGCUGGAAGCCUGCCAUCAAAGGAGGUAAAUGCUCCAUCCAGUCCUGUCGAGUCCAGCUUAGGGAGCACGCUACGUACAAGUCAAGGAAAAGAAACUAGCAUCUCCAGCAGCCAUAAUCUUCUGGAUGAUCCAGUUCCAACCAGUGGCAGCAGCAAACCCAGUCUACUGGAGCCCACCAGCAUCACUCAGUCAAGUCGCACCAGCAAUCUCAUCAGCACUCCUCUACUGGAGGCCAACAGCAGCUCAAAACCAAUUACAAAAUCCAGCAAUUCUGUUAGCCCUGUCCCUGCACCUAGGCAAGACCAAAACCAAACAUCCUUGUAUAAAACAGUCUCAGUAGAAACAAAGCAACCCAUUGCACCUCGGAUUUCUGCCUCACUACCCAGGAGCUACCAGAGAUCAGAUAGUGCACGGAUUACUUCUGUCAUCACUCCCAGACCUUUUGGUGCCCCAAGCACCAAAGUUGCCUCUCUGCCCCGUUCCUAUAUGGGGGAUGAUGUCCAGAAGCGCUUUAAUGGUGAGACAAACAAUAGUAAGGAUACUACAGUUCCUAGUCGUUAUGCACCAUUUGUAAAAGAAGAUGAGGUUAAUUCCCAGACCAGUUCUACGCAAAGCAGUAAUGAGGAUGAAGAAGAGGAAGAAGAGCAAGUGGAUGCCCCUACUUGGACUUUCUCAUCUGUCACUCCAGUCAGCCGUGUUGCUCCACAACCCAAAGCAGUGUCUCCUGUCAACAGCACACCACAGGAAAGCUACAGUGAAAUGAGGAUCAGUCUGAACCAGAAACCCAACAGCAGUCAUGACUUUGGCUUCCAAACUAACUGGGACUCCACAGGGGCAGUUGUUAAAUCUAUACAGCAAGGUAGUCCAGCAGAGCUGUGCCAGCUGCAGGUUGGGGAUAAGAUCUUGACAGUUAAUGGGCAGAAGGUGGCAGACAUGAGCUAUGAGCAGUGGAAAAGGAGCAUGGAUGAAGCUCUGCAGGAGGGUAGCCUGUUUAUGGACAUCCGCAGACAGGGAAAGAACCAUUGGGGCAAAGACCUACCUUCCCUUCCAUUUAAAAGCCAUAAGGUCAUCAAUCUGACCAGUGCGGAUCCUCUAGGUUCCCCUGAGCCGUAUGCCAACACAAGCCUGGACUUCAGCUCGCGCCCAGCCAUGGAUCCCACUGUGAAAACAAUGAAUAUCAGCUCCCAGCCUGUCAAUAGUCUGACUUCCAAUGGCAUUAAUGGUGGAAUUCGUGAGGAAACUGUGACUCUGAGAAACAAAGAACCCAUUUCUUUAAAAAACUUUAAAAGGAGAUCGGAGUUUUUUGAACAAGGUGGAUCUGAAAAUCAGAUAUCAGAUCUACCGGUUCCCUCUCUCUCAACCUCCUCUACUCGUUGGUCCUGGGACCCAGAAGAAGAGCGCAGGCGACAGGAGAAAUGGCAAAAAGAGCAGGAACGCCAGCUCCAGGAAAAGUAUCAGCGAGAUCAAGAAAAGCUGGAGGAAGAGUUUAGAAAAGCCCAGCAAGAGGCAGUAACAGAAGGCACAAAACAAUAUCAAGAGGAGCUGAGGAGCCUUGAGCUGGAGCAGGAGGCCUCGAGACUGGCCCUCAGAGAGGAGGAGGAGAGGAAAAGAAGGGAGGAACAGGAUCGCCUUGAGGACGAGAGGAGAAGAAGGGAAGAACAGGAACGUCUUGAGGCGGAGAGGAGAAGAAGGGAGGAACAGGAGCGUUUUGAGGCGGAGAGGAGAAGAGUGGAGGAACAGGAGCGUUUUGAGGCAGAAAAGAGAAGAAGGGAGGAACAGGAGCGUUUUGAGGCAGAGAGGAGAAGAAGGGAGGAACAGGAGCGUCUUGAGGCGGAGAGGAGAAGAAUGGAGGAACAGGCGCGCCUUGAGGCGGAGAGGAGAAGAAUGGAGGAACAGGCGCGCCUAGAAGGGCAGAGAAAGAAGGAAGAAGAGGAGCUUAAACGAAGGGAGGAGGAAAAGAGAAGGAGAGAGGAAGCAGCACAAAGACUGCAGAGGCAAAGAGAAGAGGAGGAGGAGAGGAGGCGCCAAGAGGCCCAGCGGAGACUGCAGGCAAAUGAUAUGGAGUAUAAUUUCCCUGAGCUAUCCUACUCACACAGGGCCAUGUCCAAAUCUACUCCAGAGCUGGAUGACAAAGAAAGAACAGACAUUAAAGGUGUGUAUAGCAAGCACAGGGGCCUUGCGAGUUGGCUUCUAGAGGAAGAGUUACGGAGGAAGAAAGAUCCUCAUAUCCUGAGACAGCAGGCUGCAUCUGAGCUGGAACUAGAGAGGAGAAACAUCCUUAGUGCUAUGAGAUACAGUAACCCAGAGAGAGCUGUAAGCAGUAGUCUGGGUGAGAGCUCUUUCAAUAAGGCUGGCCAGCAUAAGAAAGAGCCAGUGUCUCAGGCUGAAGCGGAAAGGCAGCAGGUCAUUCAGGACAUGAAGAAGAAGACCUCAUUGCUGACAGACAACAGCUGGAUCCGUCAAAAUACCGGCAAUAGUGUGAACAAACAACCAAUCAGCCUUCCCAUGAGGAGAGGUGAGUCUCUCGACAACCUGGAUAUGACAACAAACCGCCCUUCCUGGAGGUCAUCAUGGACUCCGGGCACCACUUCCUCCAUCCCAGACUAUAGUCGUCCUUAUUCAUCUCUCUCUGGCUCUUCUUCGAUCCAAAGUGGACGUCUGGGUGCUGCCACGCUGCCUUCAUAUCAAUCUCAGAGCUCCCAUAGGGAAUUUGAAAAUCAAUCAUCCUCACGAAACAGGUCAGUCAGUGGCAAGAAAAUGUGUACUUACUGUGAUAUGCCACUGGGCAAAGGAGCAGCAAUGAUCAUCGAGUCCCUGGGGCUUUGUUUUCAUUUACAUUGCUUUAAGUGCAUUCAAUGCAAAACUGACCUUGGCGGCUCAGAAAGCGGAGCUGAAGUCAGGAUACGAAGCAAACAGCUCUUCUGUAACUCCUGCUAUAUGCAAGUCAAAACAGGGCAGCCCACUGCCAUGUGACCUCACUGGACUACAGCAGGUUGGAGAGGGAUCUGAUCCAGAUACAUAACCAUGGACAUUAUAAUUAGAGUUAUGCAUGAGAACAACACUAGGGGAUGACAGUCAAGAUUACACAAUAAACAUCUGUUUCCUUUUUACAUAUUAGAAGGGGAGAGGUAAAGUUAUAUGUUUCCAUAAAAGUAUUACUGACUAUGCUUGCACAAAGUACAAGGGACAUGCAUUUACCUAGAAGCUAGCAAUGUAUUUGAAAUAAUUAUCACUGUGUUCUUCACAAAUGGAAGCUCUGGAUGAUUGUCAUGAUGGACAAGUGUCAUGAAGGUCUACUUUGUAGUAAUUUUUGGAGUGAUAGAAUCUGCUGUUUUUCCUUAUUGCUUUUCAAGUUUAUCUUCAUCAGGAUUCUUUAUGUUAUGGUAUGUUGUCAAAUAUAAUUUUGCCUUUAUGUUUGUGAUGGGGAAAGAAUACUUAGAAUAAAUAUUUUAAGAAUAUAUUUAAAAGUGGCAUGGUUUUUAGGAAGAAUUUUAUGGCAUUCAUUUAAGAUAUCAAAGCAUUUUUUCCUACAAAGUAAAACAAUCCUAUACAUACAAAAGAAAUUGUAUUCACCAAUAUUUGUAAAUAAAGUGACCAAACCAAAAUGUAUAGCUUACUAUAAAUCAUUUAAUUGAUCCCCAGCUUAGUACCACAUACAACUAUGAGCUUCUGACCUAUGUAUUUAUAUAUAUUUACUUCUUGUUGUGUUUGUCUGAAUUUUAAUAAGCUCAUAAUAUAUGCUGUGUAUCCAAGGAUUUCUACACUUUUCAGCACAAUGGGUUAUGUGUGCAGAGCAAACAUUGUAUGGACUGCAUUUAAUUAAUGUACAGUAGUACAUUUACUGGACACUUACACCUUAUUAACGUACCAUUAUUCAGUUUACAUUUGUACAUUAUCUGCAACUGAAAAUGUUAAAUUGAUGAUGGGAUCGGUUGUAGCAUUACAGUUUCCCUUCACUGGAACUAAGUGGCCCAAACAAAGUGAGAGCCAUGAAGACAUGUUUUACCAAAGUUAGUAUGGAAAAACUCCAUGGCAUGGCAUGGGUAAAUUGUACAUCUGUGAAGGCACCAUUAAUGCUGAAAGGUCCAUACAGGAUUUGGAGCAAUAUAUGCUGCCAUCCAUACGACAUCUUUUUCAGGGACGUCCCUGCUUAUUACUGCAAGGCAAUGCCAAGCCACAUUCUGCACGUGCUACAAGAGCGUGGCUUCUUUGUAAAAGAGUGCAGGUGCUAAACUGGCCUGCUUCAGUCCAGCACUAUCUCCCACUGAAAAUGUAUGGUGCAUUAUGAAGCACAAAAUAUGACAAUGGAGACUCCGGAUGACUGUUGAGGACAAUUAUCUUCAGUUCCCAAAUGCUUACUGAGUGUUGUUAGAAGAAAAGGUAAUGUAACACAAUGGUAAACGUUUUUGGCACAUGUAACAGGCAUCAAAUUAAGAAUGAGUGUAUAUUUACAAAAAACAAUAAAGUUCAUCAGGUUGAGCAUUAA